AUGCAAUGUGUGGACUCAGGUAUGUCCGUGGUUUUGAAUCGAUGCCGAUUUAGAGCAAUUUUAGUGGAAAAUAACAUCCACUUGCUCAAUGGCUCGAGCGUGUCCGAACUCAGUUUCAAUCGCACGACUAUAUCACGCUUCAUUCAAAGGCGUGCCGAAGACAAAUUCAGAUCAGGUGAUGGACAGUGCUUCCAACUGCAAGAGGCCUUGUCGGAGGGAAAGAAUGAGUUGCCGUGGUCGAAUUCUACAACCAGUUUGUGGACGAGGAUUCGUCCAUCAGCGUCGAUCUUCGUAUACGAUCACCUGGCAUCACUGAGCCAUAAUAAUAAGACGAACAAAGCCAUUGAGAAGGCUUAA